UAUGAGAUCAUUGUCUUUGGUGGUCAGGAAGGCAAUUCAACAAAGGAGUGUCUGAAUUUCAAAAACACCCCAUACAACUCCAGCUGGACUUCAGGCCGUUAUACUGCAGCUGUCCUUCCUGCAGAGGACCUCACCGGACCCAGAACCUUCAUCCUGGGGGAUAACCACCAUUAUAAUGGGUUCCACAAUGCUCCUCUUAUCCCCAACCACAACUACACCGUCUACAUUCGGGUCACCAGCCACUGGAAACACGUGGAGAAAUCAUCAUGUGCUUUUGCAGGAUUCCUUCAAAUUCCUGUGAGCAGCAACAUUCACAUCAUUGUGGGGUCGAUUUUAACUGUCAUUUUACUGCUCAUCCUUCUUCUCCUGGUGAUCCUAUGGAGGAGACGCUCUUCACGCAGUAAAUCAAGACGUUCAUCUGAUAUCCCAUUAAAGGCUCAAACUGGAUUGGGUAAGAAGAGAGACAUCCCUGUAGACAAAUUCUUGGAAGUUGUGAAAAAUUUCCGGAAGAAGGAAUUAGCGGACCAGGAUGAAGUGGAGGAAGAGAACGCAAACAUUUCCCCGGUUGGACGGUACCUGGAAUACCAGGAUCUUCCCGGGGGGUUGAUGAGUUCCUGCACUGUAGGCCAAGCUGAGGAGAACCAAGCUAAGAAUCGCUACAAAAAGGUCUUACCAUAUGAUGAUUCCCUCGGGUGGUCCUGAGGUCUGGUCCCUCCAGAUCAAGAUUAUAUAAAUGCCUCCUACGUUGAUGGAUGACAAAGCUCCAAAAAUUAUACAUAGCAACUCAAGGUCCCCUAUCCUGAGACUCUGGCAGACUUCUGGAACAUGGUGUGGCAGGAGAACAAACGUUCCGUCAUUGUCAUGCUGACGGGAUUGCAGGAGCAGAACAAGGUCAAAUGUGAGAGUGCUACUGGCCGGAGCAGAGCCAGCCCUACGGUGACAUCACAGUGUCUGUCCAGAAAAUCACCCAGACUGCCGCCAUCAUCACCCGCACCUUCAGCCUGAAGAAAGCGCAGUCUAUGGUGCAGAUUACGGUGGAUCAGCUCCAGUACUUGCGCUGGCCGGAUCAUGGGGUGCCCAGGAACACGUCUGACCUGGUGCAACUGAUAGAACUGAUGGACAAGUGUAGGACCCCCGGGUCCGGACCCACCAUCGUACAUUGCAGUGCUGGGAUUGGCAGAACGGGCACAUUUAUAGCACUGGAUAUUCUCCUGAAGAUGGCGCAUGCAGUGAAGAAAGUGAAUGUCUAUAAGUGUGUGUCAGAGCUGAGGAAGAAGAGAGUGAAGAUGGU